UGCUUUUGACGAGUUUUUGAGGUUUUAAUCAAGAUCUGGGCGUUUUUAUUUAUGAAUACAGCGAUUUUAUAUAUGAAUACAGCGUUUUUAUCAUUCCGGCGAAUUUAACUUUUCCGGCGAACUUUUCCGGCGGAAUUAAUUUCCGGCGAUUUUAAAUCUUGAACGCGAGUUCAAGUCUUCCGGCGUAGUUGGUAAAUUCGCCGGUAAGUCAUAUUUUCUGGAGUCGUUAUUCCGGUAGUUUCAAUCCGGCCGGCGAAUUUAGUUGUGUUUAAGAAAGGGUAGAAACAGAAGCAGGUUUUGUUUUUCAGGUCAAUUACCUUAAGAAUCACAAACAGAUCAUUCAAGCUACAAUUUUUUUUAAACAAAAUCCUGAACACCAUUACAAGAAACCAUAAAACAGAUGAACAACAAAACCCCAAAGAUCCUGUGUUCAAAUGCCAUACCUGAAGGGUAACAGAAUAAAAAAUCUCAACAGUUCAAAUACAAAUUUUAUUAAGCCAUAUCCGACUCUAGUCUAUAAACGACUGAUAACAGCUUCAAUCUCAGCCGGGGUGUACAAGUGAAAAGUAGGAGCCACCGCCAUACCCACGGUCACUCCAGCACCGUCUCAAUCCGGUGGCCACGAGCCAUCACAAGCCGGUUUUCUCCACACCUUCACCAAAUCAUCUAACCCACCACCCUAACACCACUUUCCGUGUUGUUCGAACCACAACCACCUCCGACCAACUCCGCCGUCGUUCACCUACGCAGAACGCUUCAAAACUGCUUAUCGGAAACUAGACAUCAACAAACCCAACAACCAUAAUCAACCAUCCGUCACCGUCUCCUCACCACCGUCUUCGUUCACCGGAGUCAGAACCAGUGCGUUCACCGCCGCCACCGUUACCUCCGCCGCCACCGUUACCACCGCCGUCCCCUCUCUCCGGUACUUCACCGUACACCACCUUCCGACCAACUCCGUCUUACACCUGAUUCAACCCACCCACCUCCAUCAUUCCGAACCAUCACCGUCGCAAAACCACCCCCACCACCGCACAGCUUGCAACCCGUUUGUGUGUUGGUUGUGUUGAUAUUAGAUUAUGAGUAUAAAAAGGGUAGAGUAGCAGGUUUGUUGUUUGUGAUGAAAUAGAGUGAGAAGAAGGAAGAUAGUAUGUUGCGGCUGUGGUUUUGAAUAUUUAGGGUUUCUUUUGGACCUAAAAGGAAAUUCAAAUCCAUUACAUAAUUUGUUUGAGAUCCAUUUUUUAAAUUAAAAAAAAAAAAUUGGGCACACUUUGGUUUCACGGGAAAGUAAGUCUAAAGAUACAGUUGAAAAGAAAUAAUUUGUUUUCUUUUAUUUUUUUUUAUCUUUAUUCAAAAAUCAAAAUUUGUGAUUCAAAAGUUUUUUUUUGAACGGUAAUAUUAAAAUGAAACAAAAUAUGUCACUUUUGAAUAUCUAGGAUCUUAAAUAUUUUUUUUUGGCCAUCAAGAUAUACAUAUUAUUUUUACUUUGGGCCGGGUAUCCAUAGUCUAUUUUUGGGCCUUUUAAAAUUAACUUGUGUUCGCAGAAUUUCACCGGGCCAGGCGUUUCAAGUUCCUUUGGACCAAGUACUACUAACAUUUGGAGUUGAUACGGGUUUAAUUUUUGAAGUAACUUGAACCGGGUUUUAAGUUGAGACAAAUAUUUUUCGAGCUUUAUAAAAAAAAAAAAUGGAUGAAACUCAGAAGGAGUACGAUAACUUUAGAAGUGUUCGUGGUGAAAGUUUGUCUAAUCAUAUUACAAGGUUCAUGAAUUUGCUGACAAAGAUGAAGAAAGUUGGAAUUCCCGUUACCAACCGUGCUAAAAUCAAAAGGUUGCUAGAUUCACUACCAAAAGAAUGGAGUACCCGGUGCAUGAAGAUUAAAGAUGACUUUAUAAGGUAUCCUACAACGCUGACAGAUGUCGUGGACGCUUUGAAAUCUCUUGAAAUGGAGGUGAAUCAGAUUGGUGUCACUCCAAAAGCAAGCCCAACAACACCUACCAACACGAGUUUCCCUUCCCCAAUCAGUGUAGGAAGUUCAUCAUUUGUUUCAGCCAGGAUUCUAAAUAAUCUUCCAGCAAGUUCUGCAAAAACAUCUUUAAGUGAAAAAGAAAUGGUGGAAAUUGCAAAGUCAACAACUGAUAAUGGGAAGAAAGUUACUGAGGAGGAUGAUAAGGUGAAGCAGAUUGAGAAGGUGGAUGCAGGAUUCAGUGAAGCAGGUGGAAAGAACGAAGAGAAGACGCCUUUUGAAGCCCAACCUGCAGAAUCUAGCAAGGAGAAGGAAGAAAAGGACUUGUGAAGAGGUGAUUGAGCGUGAGGAGGAUGUGUGCGAUGAGGAUUGUGGUGGCACGAAAAUAGGAAUAGGGUAUUCAGGCGACAGUUAUACUACUGUUAACUGGUUCGCCUGGAACUGUGAGAAAUCAAACAAAACUUUAAAAUGUGCUGACUUAAAAUCUGCUUUUUGUGAUGAACAAGUUGU